AUGUUUCACUGCCCAUCCGUACCGUACAGGGGAGCAGAGAGGCGUACGGUGUGCAGCAGCACAGACAACCACAGCACCCCCUCCCCCAGAAGCUUCAGUUCAGAGAGACACCGGCUCCCAGAGGUGUGCCGUCCCUACGAUUUUGAGGAGAUCCCAGGAGUUCACAACUUCAGCACCUUAACAGAGUUUCUGGGGGCCAUCCCAGUGGGGCAACAGAAGGAGGAGGAAGUAUCUAGCGAUGUGAAAGCUGACGCCAUGGCUAACCUGAAGACGCUGGUUCGUAAUAGGAGGAACCUCCCUAUACUCCCUUUGCCCCACCUCAAACGUCUCCCCGACUUCUGGGGAUGGUACAAGCACUUCAUGGACACCCACAACCAGGAAGGAGUUGAGGAUCUGGACCGUCUGUAUUUGGCUUACCUUCAGAACAAGCACAGGUUAGAGGAGGGCCCUACCUUCAACCACUAUCUCACCCACCUGAGCGAGAUCUACAAGAAGUGUGCAAACUCAGAUGAUCCCGAGUGCAUCGCCGAGUCCACCAGCAAACCAAAGGCUGGAGUGGUCAUGCCUGCCCCCAUCAAGGCUGCCGCCGUCAGGAUGUGCAACCCUUAUAUCGACCCCUACUGCCUCUACUCCCUCCUCCCCAAGGCUGCCGCCCCGGAGCCUGCGCCAGCCCCGGCCAAGGUGCCAGCUCCUAUUCUCACCCCAAUGCUGCCCAUGCCCAUGAAGAGCCCCACUGGCUUCUACUACUACGCGCCCCUGCUGGAGUCCUUCCUCAGCCCUGAGCAGAAAGCCGAACUGCUGAGGAUCUGCAACCCUUCGGACGUGGAGUGCCUUCAGUACCACCUGAGGUCAGCGUUCGGUUAUCGUCCAGCUCCCGGCCCUGCCCCAUCCUACGCUGCACUCAACUGCGACCCCAAGGACCCCUACUGCAGGCCCAUCCUCGUCCAGAAGGCCCCCACUGGCUUCUACCACAUGCUCUACCCCAACUGCGACCCGACAGUAGAUCCUCUGUGCGUUGGCACUGUUGCCAACCCCGCCCCGCUGGCUGCCGAGGAAGCCCCUAAAGAGCAGGCCUGCAACCCCCUGUUUGACGAGGGCUGUAAUCCACUUACAGCCACCAAGCUGUCUGGUCUAACGAAGCCCGUGCUGGAGUACGCUCCCAAGAGUGCUGCAGCCCAUUCUGCUGUCCCUCUGACCUGCGAUCCCCGCUAUGACCCCUACUGCAUACUGGCAGCUGCCGCUGCCCUCCGCAAGCCCGCCCCACAGCUGCCCGAGCACCAGGUCCGCUACAGGCUUGGGGUCCGUGGCAAGACCAAGGAGGGCUACGACUGCUAUGUGCACUAUGAUAAGGACUGCAUCCCUGUGGGGGCCGGCGAGGAGGCCAGGGCUUAUCUCAAAGCGCCAGCCAAGCCCUUCUGCCAUCCGUUCGACCCCAACUGUGGCAAGUUUGCUGCACCUGCCAACGCCAAGGCCUUGAAACCCGGCAAGGAUGGCAUAAUUCUGCCAGACCCCCACUGCGACCCCGAGUACGACUACAACUGCCGCUUGCGCCGCGCUGAGCCCGCCGCUGCCGAUGAGCCCGCCGCCACCGCAGAGGAGAAGGCUGCUGAUGAGCCCGCGCGGGAAGCCACCGGGCAACGAUCCGCUGUCCCAAAAUUUGAAGACUUCCUCAGGGUCUACAUGCAGCAGUACCACAAGAAGUAA